UUGAUAGCGAACAGCUGAUUUCGGCCAAAGCCUCUGAUAUAUUUGUGAUUGUUUUGAUUCCGUUUCCGAAAUAACGUCGUUUGUUUUUAAUUCUAAUCGCGUCGAAUUGCAAAAUUGGAGUUGCGACUGUUUUUUUGUGUUUUUAGAUACGCGGAUUAGCAUGUGACGCUAUAAUUUUUGGUUUCCAUGAACUGUGUCAUGGAGAAAAAUCAAUAAUUGUAAUUUUUCUUUGUUUGGAUGAAAAGUUACAUUUUUCAUUACACAAGCAGUUUGAUCUAGGACAUUUUUCCAAAAAUUUAUCUACUAAUAAAAUUGGAAAAUGCUAUAAGAUAGCAUUUAUUUAUUCAUUUAUCAAGACUCCGAUUUAUUUCCUAGAAAACGGCAAAUUUCUCAAUUAAGUAUUUAUACAACAGUUGGCAUAACAAGGUGGCGACCGGGAGGCAGCGUAGUAGCCGUCGAUCUGUCAAGAUGGCAGUAGAUGGAUCCAAAUUUCAGAUCACAAGGGAGUCAGACGAGGCCCUGAUAAACCGAAAACUUCCAAAAGAGCUGCUCCUUAGAAUAUUCUCAUUCCUUGACGUAGUCUCCCUCUGCAGGUGUGCUCAAGUAUCGAAAGCCUGGAACGUCCUUGCUUUAGACGGCUCAAAUUGGCAAAAAAUCGACCUAUUUACUUUUCAGACAGACGUAGAAGGUCCCAUUUUAGAAAAUAUUUCUAGAAGAUGUGGCGGUUUCUUGAGGAAACUAUCUUUAUUUGGAUGCCAGUCAGUUAGGGAUGGCUCAAUGAAAACCUUAGCUCAACUAUGUCAAAAUAUUGAAGAUUUAAACUUGCAGGACUGCAAAAAGAUUUCCGAUGCAACAUGUAACGCCCUCUCGAAACACUGCUCGAAGCUGCAAAAAUUAAAUCUGGACGGUUGCGCUCUUAUCACCGACUUUGCACUGAAAGCUCUGAGUGACGGCUGUCCAAACUUGACUCAUAUCAACAUUGGUUGGUGUAACAUAGCUGAGAAUGGAGUUGAAGCCUUGGCAAGAGGAUGUCCAAAGUUAAAAAGCUUUCUAAGCAAGAACUGCAGGAUGAUUAGUUCGAAGGCAAUCAUAUGCUUGGCUAAAUACUGUACGCAGUUAGAAGUUGUAAAUUUAAGUAAAUGUGUUAAUAUUAGAGAUGACGCGAUUCAGGCCCUAGCAGAGAACUGUCCAAAAUUACACUAUCUCUGUCUUUCUUACUGUUCCAUCUUAACGGAUGCUUCACUAAUAGCGCUGGCCCAACACUGCAUCUUGUUAUCGACGCUUGAGGUGGCCAGCUGCUCGCUUUUUACUGAUGCAGGAUUUCAAGCGUUAGCGAGGAGUUGCCGAUAUUUGGAAAAAAUGGAUUUAGAUGAAUGUGUGCAGAUCACUGAUGCAACCUUAAUCCACUUGUCAAUGGGCUGUCCUAGAUUAGAAUAUCUGACACUGUCCCAUUGUGAACUGAUAACGGACGAAGGAAUCCGACACUUGUCUAUGUCUCCUUGCGCCGCAGAAAACCUCACUGUCCUCGAACUGGACAACUGUCCUUUAGUUACUGAUGCUUCUCUGGAACACUUGACCUCAUGCCAUAACCUGCAGAGGAUUGAACUUUAUGACUGUCAGCUCAUCACUAGAGUAGGAAUUAAAAGACUCAAAGUAAGUGACGUUAUCAGAAUCACUUGCCUAGUAUCAACGUGCAUGCCUAUUUUGCGCCGGUCACGCCCACCCAAACUGGAAACACCACUAGACAACGAUACUGUCGAUGUUGUAUGAUACUCUGAGGACGGCGCCCCUCGCACGGCUCCCCGCCUGCUCCAUCGUAAGAUGGAUCGGGCCUAAGGCGUGACAUCACGCUCAAAGUUUGCCAGUGCCGUACUUAUGUAAGACGUAAAUUUUAAAUGUUGCUCUAGCGUUACGGAGCUUUUGGACAGCUAGUCAUUAGACUUUUUAAGGGAUUUUGCACUAGUACGGCAUCAGUUUUUACAUCUUAGCGGUUAAAAUUAAACUUUUGGGGCCAGUCAGGGGCAAUUAUUCGAAAUUAAUAAUCAAUAUGUAUAUUUUUUAGUUAAGGCAAAAGAUGGCAUAUGACUUAUGAAAAUGCGAUAAUAGGAUUUUUUUCAUUUUUCAAUUAAUUAAAAAUAAUAUUUGUUAUUUAAUUUCGAUAGCUUUGGCUUAAAAUAAAGGUCGAUUAAACUUUAAUUUAAUCGUACAUCGACUUACAUGGGUAGUAAUUGUAGACAGUUAUAUUUUAAACCUUUUUUUGUCUUAGAAAUUUUUUUUUAAAUUGAGUAGUUUUCGAAAGAAAUAGAAUGAAAAAAAUUUUUGAGUAAACCAAAAAUCAUCUAUUCAUAUACAUCCUUUUUGUAGGCUUUUUUGAGUUCUAUACGUUGAAAAUGUUUGAAACAGUGAAAAAAAUAAUUUCAGGACGACAUUUUGGAAAAAAAUAAUUUUAGGUGAUUUUACGGAAAAGAUCCUGGAAUAAAAAUUCUAGGCAAUUUAAUCAUAAACAUUUUUUGUUUCGGAUAGUUUUCCCUAAAACCCACAGUUUUCGCAAAAAAUUUAUUACAACAAAAUUUUGAGUUUUCCAAAAAAGUACGGGGAAAGGGAUCGCAACUUUUUGUUUUUGGGCCUUUCAUCGAUCAAAACUGGUUUUAGAUCGUCUAUAACAGUUCUUGUAAAAUCUUUUGCUGUUAAUUUAUCCGGAAAGCUCAUAAUUUUAUAUAGUCAAAUGCAUUUGCAACGCAAGUGUCUAAAAAGUAAAACAAAAAUGCAAUGCCGCCAUUUGUUGCUUUUACGGUCUAUUUUAUAGCAUCUAAUAGUUGAUCAAACUUAUCGACAUAUUGGAAUUGUAAGCAGUAAGUGCUUUCGGACUUGAUAUUUGCAUAGUGGUUCUAUUUUUUUCUUUUUUUCUUUACAGUUAACUUCCGCAUGGUCGUGUUAUGAUAAUUUGAUAAAAUGCGUAUAGAUCUUUUGUGUUCCAUUUUAGUGCCAACAGUGGCACUAAAAUGAAAACACAAAAAUUGGAACAUAACUCAUGUUCCAAUUAAUAUCAUCUCUUUGAACCUACUUCUGCUAUUUGAACUUGGCUAAAUACUUGCGCGUCAAAUUUACUGUUCCAUCUGCUUCCACGUUGUUUCGAACUUUGCCUCAAGUCAAUGCUAUUAAAAAAAUUGUCAAAACAUGAUUUGAUGGUUGUUGUUUUGGCAUAUAUUGUUUAAUUACGCCUUUUCUCUUAAAUUUGAUUAUUGAUUACGCCCAAAACUUCACUUGAUAAAAGGGCAUCUUUUAAUACUUUUUCUCCAUUUUCUUACAAAGUCCUUACAGAGUUAUCGUUUUUUACAGAGUUAUCGUUGAUAUGUAGAUGUCCUAAAAGCCAACCAAAUCGGUUUUGUGGCAUGAAGGAAUUAAUAUAGCUGUCGUGAAGAUCAGGUGCACUAGUCCAGUAAUCUUUAUAACUUGACUGAUGCCUAAUACUCAUGAGUAAGUGUAUUCCUAAAAAUAUAUUUGUUUCAUUAAACAUAGUUUUUUUGUAUGAUUUUUCUGGUAUGCAUUUGUUUUUGUAUCUGCUUUGCCUUUUUUUGCAUUUUUUCUUGAAAAAUUGAUAACGGGUCAUCGUCGUCGGAAGAACUUUGGCUGAUAUCGAUAUCAUUUAGGUUUGUGUUGUCAUCAAUAUCUGUGUUCAAUUUUGAAACAUCACCAGGCGGCAUGAGGUAUGGAUAUCAAAGUUCUUAGGCUCUUUCCGGCUCAUUUUCGAAAAUAAUCAUUGUGUGCCAUUUCGUAAAGAAAAAUAUAUAUUAAAAAAAAUAAAAAAACCUACCAGAGCGGUGGCACAAUUGUUACACGAUCAUUAAAUUACAAUGAAAUUUCUAAUUAUAAAUAUUAUUGGUUGGCAAAACAACAUUUUGUACUUACUUACUAUAGCAUUAUCUGGUGGCGCAUAAUGAGCGUUAUGGUUUAAAUGCUUCAUAAUUUUUUAAUACAAUUUUAAAACCAUUAUUUUAAAAUAAAGUCUAACCUGGAAAAUUACGAAGGUGUCCUCCAUUUUGUGCUUCACAAAGUAGAGCUCUUUCCGAAACAUGUUGCAGGCCUUUUCAUUACGAAUAUUAUUUUUCAAUUCAGGGAUGAUCUUUGGCCUAUUAUAUUCUUCCUUUUAAAUAGACCCAAAGCAAAAAAAUUAGCAGUCAAUUCCGGUGAACGCGGCAGCCAAUUAAAAUCGCUCCUACGCGAAAUAAUUUAUUCGCCGAAGAUCUGCCGUAACACAACCAUUAUGACUCAUGGAGAACGGGGCGUGGCACCAUCUUGUUGAAAUUCAGGGUGGUUUACCAUAACUGAUCUCAAAAAAAAUUUCAAAAUGUUACUGUAGUGAAAAGCAUUGAUGGUAACGGCAGCAUUUUUGAAGAAAUAUGGUCCAGUGAUCUAUUCGGACGAUACGUCACACCAAACACUGUAUUUGAGUGGGUACUGCUCUCGGUAAUGAAGUACUCUUGGAUUCUCUAUAGCCCAUAUCCUGCGAUGUUGUUUGUUUAUAAAUCCAUUUAAAUUCUCCUGUUUUUUUUGCUGCAACGCAAUAGCAUCAAGCCAAGCAAGUUGUGCAAAACGUCUCCUGGUUGAUGUUUCUAGACUUCCAUACUCUCCGUUACAAGUUCAAUAUUUUCGGCGGUAUGCACUGUACGUGGCCUUCUAACUGCAGGGCGGUUCCUAACUGAGCCUUGUUGCGACCAGGCAAUUUAUUGUUGGCACUGAGGGUCUAAUCGGAACAUUAAAAUAUCGCCGAUAUGCACGCUGCUUCAGAAUCCCUGAGUUUCCCCUUUUAAAAAUAAAAUUUAAUGAUUUUUUUCGUUGUUCUAUUGUGUACUGUUCCAUCUGCAAAUCCCCAUCCUUCUUUACAUAAUUCUGAAGUAAAAAAAUACAUUUUAAAAUAAAAAAGUUAUAAAGCAUUUAAGCCAUAACGCUUAUUAUGCGCCACCCUGUACAAAAUAUGUCGCAAUAUUUCAAUCAAAAAUCAACAUAAAUAUUAUAAUGUUUAAAACUACACACACGAAUUUCUUGUAAAUAUAGACACAAAUAUAGAUGAAUUGAAUUGAAACUCUUUAAAAUGAAUUAAGGUUUAUUGUAUAAUAUGAUAAAAACGUAACAAUCAAUAAAAUUUAAAUUAAUUUCUUAGCAAACCAAAGUUCAAAUUUCAAAAAUGAAAAUGUUAAAGGAAAUUUAUUGCCCUACCAGAAGAUGCAUAUUGAAAAAAUAAGGUUAAAUGCUUUUCUCGCUAAACGGUUAAAGUUAUACUGAUGGAAUUUGUAUAUGUUCAUGUAAGUAUACGAGUCAGGAUUUUUUUUUCUAUUUGAAGCCGCGUUUAUUUAUGUGUGUGAGAAUAUAGAUUCCCAGUAUAUUUUGAGCAGUCUGCUAUUAAUUCAUGUAGUCUAUACUCUAUUUCAGAAGUGUGUAGAGCAAUAAAACCUCAUUAGGUAUGCAAAAGUGGUAUCUGGUGAUCCACCAAUAUUUUAUGCCACUACCUUAGUUGGGUAUUAGUUUCAAUGUAAAAUUCUUUCUUUUCGUUGAUUGCAGGUAGUGCCACCCGGUUUUGGGUCAAUUUAUGAGUUUUGCCCAUUGUUACCCACUGAUAAACAUUGAAAACGGUUCGCCAAAGGCGUGCAACUGGGACUUGUUUUUUACCUUAUAAUUAAUGUACUUAAAUGCUAUUUUAUUUUAGAAAGUUACUUUUGUUUAAAUGGAAUAAUAUAUUUUUUUCACAAAUUUAUUGAACAUAAUAUGUAGAGUAAAACAGUUGAAAAUGUCACUUUUGGAUCUGGCACUUUUUGAACAGUGUAUAACAAUUUUAAAUUAUAAUAGAUUGUAGUCUUCUUCGUCAUCUGACGAACUGUCAUCACCUCUUGACAUUAUAAUUAAAGGAUCGACUGUCUGAUCGAUGAGGUUGUCAAGAUCCCACAUUUUGUCCUCUUGCUUAAUUACAUGCUGGACUGCUUUUCGCCAAUUCUCUGGUGUCGCUUCCGUAAUGGCUUGAUCAAACAGUAGCUUAACAUCUUUCAUUUUAAAAGUCGUGUUUUGUCUUGCUACAAAUCCUUUUACCUGCGCCCAUAUCAGUUCUAUAGGAUUUAGUUCGCAAUGAUAUGGCGGUAAGCGCAGUACAGUUAUAUUAUAUUCUUCGGCUAUAUCUUCCACGGCGUAUUUCAUGAAACGAGUUUUGUGUAAGUUUGCUAUUGCCAGCAGUUCUUUUUUUAUCAAAUUUGCUUCAAACGCAAUACCUUUUGCAGUCAGCCAAUCGAUAAUUUCUUGCUUUCUCCAACUUGAAGUUGGCGUCUUCUCUAUUCGCCGUGAAUGAUAGCUUGCGUUAUCCAUAACCACCACCGGAUUAGCCGGAAGAAAUUUUAUCAUUUCACCAAAAUAGUCCUCGAAAACGUCUGAGUUCAUGUCUUCAUGGUAAUCUCCUGUGCGAGUCGACUCAAAGGUUAGCAGACCUUCUUUUAAAAAUCCCUCUUCGCUUCCAAUAUGUGUGAUUAUAAGUCUUUUUCCUUUUCCCGAAGGUACUUUAAUACCCGUAGACAGGCCUUCUAUGAAAGCUUGGCGAGCACUGGUUAUAUUUUUGUCUUGCCACAUUUUUUGGACUAUAUAACCUUCGUUAAUCCACGUCUCAUCAAGAUAAAAAACUUUCUUUUGCUCCCUGCGGUACUGCUUGAUACUUCUCAAGUAUUGUCGUCUCCAACAAACAAUUUCGUCGCUCUCCAGUAAAAGUGCUUUGCGGUUAUGCUUUUCCCAGGCAAAAUCCAUAUUUUUUAAAGUUUUCCAUAAAAGUUUUCUACUUAUCAACGGAAUACUGUCAUCUCGGCCAAGCUCCAUUAAAAUUUUGUCUAGGGUGGGUAUUUCCUUUUUAAAAUAAAAAGAGUGAACUUUUCUUCGAAUUAUACAUUUAGCAUUUUCAUCAAGGACUUUUUUGUAGGUCGUCCUGGCUUUUGCUUGGGAGAUUCCACUUGACCUGCUACUUUUCUUUCCCGCAACAAUUUGAAAAUGGUGGACUUUCCAAUUCCACUCAUUCGAGAACAUUUUUCAACAAUUUCUUGCACAGUAAAACUAGGGUAAUCGUGUUUUGUGCAAUCAUGUACAUUUAAAAUAAUAACUUUUUCACUCAGCGAUAAUGGAGAAUUUUUAGUACAUCUUUUCGUUGGACUGAAUACCUCCAUUUUUUAAAUAUUGGGAUAAUAAUAUUGUGACAACACUACAGCGUAGUAGUGACUACUAACGUUUAAAAUAUGAUUUAAAAGUAUUUAUAGUCUGUAUAUAUUACCUGACCCCAUUUUUGCAUGUUACAAAGCGUUAAAAGAUAGGUACCUAUACAAAAGGAUUAAAAGUAUUUAUUUAGUAUUUAAUCUCUUUCAAAAUAAAGGCAUUUAAUCCGUGAAAAUUAAAUUCAUAAAUAUUAUAAGAACCUGCGCCAAUGAACUACCACGAAAUGUAGCCAAACAGAACGGAAUUCCCCAGUUUAUUGCUCUAUACACUUCUGAAAUAGAGUAUAGCUACUUUACCCCCAAUAACGUUUUUUUCGACCUUUGGACGCCUUUUGCUUCUAAAUAAACUCUAAUGGAGGGUCAUGUCGUUUUCAAUUCGUUACAUGAAUACAAAAUGUUAUUAUCUAAAUAAUAUACCCUUACUUUAAUGUUUACUAAUCUACCUUCAUAAGUAGUUACCUUACGUAAACUUUUAAACGUUAAUAUGAAGUGUAUCAUCAUGCUCAUUCUCUCAUACUUGCAAUACUUGUAGUGGAAUCUUUUCAAAAACAAAGAAAUUAUUUUAUGCAUCUUCAUAAGAAAUAUACUUCUUUUGCCUAGAAUAUACCUCAGCUGGGAGCGAAAUAAUACGCUGUUGACGGCUGAGUACCAAAGACAGAAAUAUACGAAUAGUCCGACUAGAAAGUUGCACGAUCGGGAAUGUAAAAGAUAAAUAAAUGUAUUGAGGAAAAACUAUGUAUGCUUGCAAAUUUUUGAAUUGGAAUCAUAUGUUUCUGUUAUUAUAUAGGUAUUUUUUAAAAUUUGUGAGAAUUAUGAAUUUAUAAUGUAAUACAGGGUGGCUUAAAAUAUUUACCCUAAUAUUUGUCGUCAGUUUAGGAAUUCACCCUGUUUAAAAUAUAACAUACUAAAAUUUUAGUUUCCUAACCCGACAUUUUUACUAUAAUCUAGUUGUGAUAUGCGUAGGAUGUUAACUGUUAUUUAUUGUUAUACACAAUGUAUAUUAACAUAGAUUUUUUGACUAAAAACUUUGGUAUGACAUAAUCUGCUGUGAUUUUUAGAAUUAAUAGUAUUGUAAGGCAGCAUAUUUUAUAUCGAUUUUCGGCUUUUAAACUUUUUAGUUAUAUGCAGACCCGUAUCUAUAUGGAGGUAAGUAAAAAUUGACCAAUAUGUAAAACUAAAUUUACAAGUUUAUUUCCGGUUGAUUUAUUGUACGAGAAUGAAAGCUUCAUGUUAUGUAGCAAGAAACACAAAAAACUCUAGAUUUUAACAAUCUUUGUAAUUGGAUUUUUUUUUUUAAAUCCUGACUGUUUUGUGGAAGCUGGAUCGUUACAUUUAACAUGCGUUUAUUACUGAUAAAUCCAUAAGUUUGAAAUUAAAAACUAAUAACUUAAAUUAAUGUACUUCUUAAUACGACAACUACAUUUCGUUGAAUGCGGCGCAUUUAAAAGCCACGGCCUCGAAGUAGCAGCUAAUCGCGGUUGCCAGUGUGAGAUUUAUUUCUCGUAAUGAUAUUUCAACUCUACAUACAGGACUCCUUGAAGGAUGCUAGAAACUUUCAAUAUUAAACACCAUAUGUUGUCUCUCACUCUACAAUUUAUUGUCUUCGCGGAAUUAUUGUUUUUGUUGAUUCGUUUCAUGCUCGAAAGAAAAUACAUACAUUUUUGUAACUGGUCGUUUAACCCAUUGGCUGCUCAACAUAACCUAUGCAUUUCGCCCCCACGCUAAACAACUUUUUAUUUUCAAUCAACAAAAAAUGUAUGUAAAUCGUCUCUUUCCUCACAUUUGCCUUGCUAAAAUUUUGGAAUUUUCUAUACGCCCUUUCCAAUUUUCCAUUUUUUAGGGUUUUCUCUGGAAAAUGCUGGGUAACAGUUUCUUGUCCUAGAACACGGGUUUUACGAAGUUCCACCCCAAGUAGAUACUCGAUAACCUUCAAUCUAAAGUUGUAAAGGUAAAAUGAAAAUCCUUCCGUCUCCUUCCACUUAUUUAUUAAACAUUUAGUUAAUUUAAAAUUCCCUACAUGUUUCGGACACAGUGGUGUCCAUCAUCAGGGGGUAAAAGGUUUAAAAUUGGUAACAGGCACACGCCCCAGGGUCUGAUUACGUAUCAAAAACCCUCCAUCAUUAUUGUUUUAAUUUUAAAUUAAAAACAAUAAUAAUAAAUGUAUAAUAAUACUAAACAAUAAAAAAGCACGUAAAUUUGCAUAAUUUUCUGAUUCGAUGGAUUAAUAUUAAAAUAAAGCGCGAAUGUAAUUAAAAGUGCUUUUCGUUUAUAUCUGUCAUGACGCAAAUCCCAGGCUAUUUUAUAAUUUCCAUCAGUUACUUGAAUUGAUUCUAUCAAUGCCAACGCAUCCUUCUCCAUACAUGAACGGAAAUAAUAAAAUUUUUGAACAUCUGAUAACGUCGCAUUAUCUUAUACUAGAUCCUUGAAACCAUCCCUAAACUCAAUUCACGCAUCAAAUGUACCCGAGAAAUUGGGCAGUUUUAGCGCUGGUACCUAAUUCAACAACUUGCGAUCGAGUUUAAAUCGGCGCCGAACCAGUUGAAGAUUUCUGUGUUGGCAGACCAGGUGAAACCUGUGCAUCGAACCCGCUUUUCCACUGUAGCUUUGAAAAAGCCCGAAACCUUGAUGCAAAUUUUUCCCAUUAGACAUAAUAUUAAGUCUCAAAUUAUCACGCUAUUCAUAUUGUAAAAUAAUUUCGUCAUCUUUCCAUUUUAACAGCUCAAUUUCAUAUUGUUUACGUAUAAUUCCGCUAAAAGUCUUUUUAUUUUAAAUAGCCUUGCCUCAAGUUCUCUUGCAAUUUCGUCGGUGGAGGACGUUGUGCCAGAAUAAUGAAUAUGCCUAGUUAACACCCUUAAUAAAACCUCUUUCUUUCUUUAAGACGUAGUAUAUACUCAAUUGAAACAUGGGAAUAACAAUGGGAACUGAACACCGGUACGAUGGUAGAAAACACUCACCCAACUCUGGCACUAUGGCGGAUGUCGUUGCCGUUCAAUCGUUUGCUCGUUGUCUUUAACUUCACUAUCGCUUGCACUUGCUAAUUUUCGGUAUUAUCCGACUCGUUUGGGCCAAAAUGUUUUGUGGAAACUCGAUCGUUAUAUUUAAUAUAUGUUUAUUACUGGUAAAUACAUAAGAUGGAAAUUAAAAAGUAACUUAAAUUGUACUUGUUAACGACAUGAAUGCGCUAUGCAGUGUUGCCAGAGAAAUGUUUGUAAAUGUACUAGAAUACUGACCCAAAAUGUACUAAAUUAUGGAACUUUCAUAAGUAAGUCGCAGCUGAGGAAAAGCUGAUGAAACAUCUAAAAGGCUAAAAUAUUUAGCACCAGAUUGUUGUGAAAACUAUGACUCUUGUGUAGGAAUUUUAAAAAAAUUUUGUCUGACGGCUUUAUUUAAAUUCCUAGAAUCCAUGCAGAUCCUAAUAUCAUUGUUUAUUUAUUUUACCUUUAACCCUGUCUCUUAAGGCUAGAGGGAUUUUCCAUAAGGCUUUUACUAAUAGCAUUUUCAGACAAGGAAAUGGAGAAUUCUUUCUAAGGAGAAUUCCAAGAGAUUGGCAAGAUGACAAACCUAGAAUUGAGCAAGGUUCCUUGGAAUCUAAUAUGUGAAAUAGUAUAUUGUCAGUUUAAUCUUCAAACUUAUAAUCUAAACAAAAUUUCCCUAAGGCACCAAUUUUAUGGCCUGAAUAGGAAAACAACCUACAACGCUUAGACAAUUUUUCUCUUGGAAUUUUUAAAGCAAGGUGUUAACCAUAGUUCGACUCUCUACUUUCAUUGUAGUCUGAACUUUAGAAAGAAAAAUGUUUUUAAACCACUCAGUAGCAUUAAUGUCUGAAUAGUCCACACAACAUAGCCACUAUUUUGUUCAGAGCAGUCAAAUUCACUUAAAUAGUCUGUAUUAUAAGGCUUACUAGAGUCUUCCUGAACUUCAUGUCUAUUUUGCAUUUAUGACAUUGAAUCCGGUCCUCGUCAAAUGUUUGAUAUAUGAUUCAUAGAUGUAUCAUUUGAAUGCUGUUUUAUUUUAGGACUAUUCUUUGGAGGCUAAUUUUCUUUUUGGAUUGUCUGGCUUUUCUUGUCUCCAAAUUUUAUUAUUUUUUGUUGCUUUAUUUAUCUCUAAACGAGCGGCUUUUUCUCUUUAUGCGGCACUAUAAUUUGAUUCAUCGUCGUGGCAUUUUGAUGGCAUGUUUUGCUUUCUUGAGCUGUCGCUGAAGAGUUCGAAGUCACAAGGUGAACUUCUGCGUACUGGGUAUCUCUUGGGUAUUGGUUUUAUUUAAAUUCUCUGGAAUUUCUGUCACCCGAGAUGGCAAGACGUCUAAAUCUGAAAUUACAUGCCUGUCAAAAGCAUAUAAUGGAUGAAUAGCCUUUUUGUGCAAUCUCAAGUCGAGCACACCGUGUAAAUUCUUGGGAGACAAGUGCUGAAAUAUCAAAUUGUCAAUCUUAUGUUGUAUGUAGUGGAGUGCUUAGCAUGUGAAUAUUAUCUACCCGUGCAAAGAGAAUAACCUGCAGAUCUUUGUGGCUGCUGUGGAAUUUGUUAAGGUCCUUCGCAAAAUGCUUUAAGCAUAUUAAGAAAACACUGCUGUCUAUCCAACAGUUUGGCUGAAUAACACCCAUUGCUUCUUAUGGAGCUCCAAAUAUCAAUCGACCAUUCAUUCCAAUUGGCUUUAAUAUUAAAAGAGCAGGAAUGAAUGAGCCAAUAACAUUCAUUGAUACCAUAACUGUCACAUUCUGGCCUUGCUCAGCAUAUAGCUCAGCAUAUUGCCUAUUUGUUUCUUACCCAAUUGUGCUAGAAGUUUUUGGGUUUUUUGAACGCAUGAUACACCAGUUUCGUCUGCAUUAAAAAUAGAGGAAGGCGAUAACUUACAGAUGUUUAUGAGAUUCUCCAACUUAUCAUAAAACAAACUCACUCGAAUUUAUUCCAGUUAUGCAAUAUCAGAAGUGAAUCGAACGGCUGUAGCCGAACUUGUUGCCUUUGGUAACCGUUAUGAUAGAUCAGGAUGUUGAUUUAGGAUGUCAUGGUAGAAAUCCUUUACAGCUGUUUUUUUAUAUUAAGGAAAAAGUCCAUUUGGAAGUGGAGUUAAUAUAAUAUUGAAAAGUUAGUAGGGGAAGUCUUAAAUUAAAAGACUUCCCCUACUAACUUUUCAAUGUUUUAUGUUUAAUUGUCAAGUUUUCUGCCAGAUCAAAAGCUAGUCUAAGAAAUUCUUUCUUUGUCAUUGGCAUCAAUCUGCUUUCCAAGUCUUUGACAUACUUGACUAACAGAUCGUGAUAGUUUCUGGAAAAAGUUGAUGCGUCUGCCGAUUUUUUGUUUUGUUUUAUUUUUACUUCCAAACCUAGGCGAAAUUGAGCAAAUCGGUCACUUGGGUACUGUUCGGAUAAUUAAACCUAGUCGCCGCAUUCCGAAUACGGUGGUUUUCCUGUAUAAGGUACCUCACAGCCUUAACCAUCUGCUUCUCUGUCAAGCUGCCCCUUGUUUGUUGUGCGCUUUCGAUUCCCAUAUUUAUUCUGAAACAACAAGAAUAAUGAUGUUAAUUUAUUGCCAGUUUUUUUAGUUUUAUAAAUAUACUAGGCUCAAAAAAACUAUUUUUUGCAAAGAAUAAAUAUUUUGCCGGACUGGUCAAAACUGCAUCUGACCUUAAUUUGUAAUUUUUACUAAUACGAACGUAUUUUUUCUUGGAUGUAUCUUGUCCGGGACUACCCAAAAUGCAUAUCUUCGUCAAAGCUUUGUGUGGUUUAACUACGUUGAACCACACAAAAUAUGUUUUUUAAUUAACAAUUUACAAAUAUUAAUUAUAUAAUUUUAAAAUUGUAUAAUAAUUAUACGAUGGAUAUCUUGCGUCUGAGGCAGCAUAGGUAGCGUGGCCGAGCGGUCUAAGGCGCUGGUUUAAGGCACCAGUCUCUUCGGAGGCGUGGGUUCGAAUCCCACCGCUGCCACAACUUUUUAAUUUUUAAUACCGCAAAUAUUUGUUUUUUACUUCCGAUUAUUAUAAUGGGCACUGCCAAAGUUAUUUUUACAUUUUUUAUUUUUAAAGGAAAAUCCUAUUGAUGCAUGUUUGCGUGAUUUAUUAAUGAGCUGCCUUGCUCGUGUUUUUAUAGCACUUCUUAGUGUUUUCGUUGCCUCGUUUAGGGCUUGUUCAGCAAGAUGCUUCAGAUUAUGAUAGUGAAGGGAUAAACAACAAAAAAGUGGGAAGGCAAAAGACUUGUUUAUUAUUUUUUUUUUUAAUUAUGUGUCAUAAUCUGGAGAAUCAAGGAAAUUUUUUAGACCCUUUGGUCCUCUGUUGAGGUUUAAAAAGUUAAGUUAUUUUUUCAUCGUUUGUUAAAUCAAGGUUUUGUGUGAAUUUUAUGUGAAAGUUUUUAAUGCUCGGGUCUCCGGAUUUUAUUUUUAGAUCUGUUCUGAUUUCUCUGUUUCUUACAAACCACGGAGAAGAUGAAGAGUUUUACUCUGGAAAGUUUCUAGUUCCUUUUGGUUUGUUUUGGCUGAUGCCUUAAAAAUAUUUGAACCACUAAGAAGUUUAGGUCUUAUUAUUUAAACGUUAAUGAUUUUUUUCUUUUUGAGGGAUAGUUUGCUUUUGCAGCUCAAUAGAGGAUAUAUAAUAUUUUUGCUGUUGCUAGAGGCGUUUUUGUGGUAUGGUUACUGUCGUUAAUUUUAGUGUCCAGUGUCAUUCCUAGGUAUUCUAUUUCUUUUUUCAAUGGGAUGAGCCCAUUUUUAAUUUCAAGAUUCCGAAGAGGGAAGCUCUACCGUUAAUAAAACAAAUAGUCUCCAUUUUCUCCUCGUUAAUAGCGGCCUCUACACGUAACGUUUUAACCGCGCGCCUGCGGAUUGCGCGAUUGCUCGCAUGCAAAUUUGGACGGUCAAAACUGUGGCUCAAAAAAACUCGUAAUUUACCAAGAAACUCUUGCGUUUGGUUAAAACUGUUUGGAAUGAAUAGCGAGCGUAAAUCCUUACGUGUAAAGGAUAAAUCGCGCGCGAUUACGUGACGCGUGGAACGAGACGUGGAAUUUGUAUUUUUUGAAAAGGUUUAGGAUAUGUUUCCUUUAUAUUAUUUAAUUUGUAUAUUCAAAUAUGUCGGUAUCUGAGGAAAAUAAACGUAUAAUUGCUAUAGUGGCAGCUGGAAUGGCUAUGAUGCCCAAAAAAUCGAAUAAGCGGAAGCGUAGUAUUUGGGUUAAGGAUUACCGGUAAGACUUAUGUUUACUUUUUUAUAUGUAACGUUUGUAACUAUUACUUCGUUUCUUCAUCAAAAUAAUAUUACAGGUCCCUCUAUAAUGAUAUUCCAUUAAUUCAACAUUUGUGAGAAAACUAUCCUGAAGAUUAUAAAAAUUACCUAAGAAUGGACAAUUUUUGUUUUGACUAUUUGCUGAAUUUGGUAAAAGUGAGAAUAAUUAAAAAAGACACAAUCAUGAGGAAAGCCAUUGGUGCCGAAGAAAAACUAGUUGCUACUUUGAGAUUUUUGGCCACUGGGCGUUCCUAUGAGGACUUAAAAUUUUCCACAGGGAUAUCUGCACCAACUUUAAGCAUUUUAAUACCACAAGCCUGUAAGGCUAUAUACGAGGCAUUGAAAGAAGAACAUAUGAGGAGCGCGCAAGCAAAAGCAAACAAAUGCCUGAAAUAAGAAACUGAGUUAAAGCGUAAAAUGUUUUUGUUUGAAUUGUAGAGAUGUUAAAAGAUGCAAACAAAUAAAAAACCGAUUCUGUACCAUUUAGCAACAAAAUAAAACUAAAGAGUUCAAAUUAUAUUUUAUUUUUAAAAGAUUUUUUUGCAUUUUUAUUAUCCAUUUGUUUGGUUUUGAUUGGGUUUAACAUAAUAUGUUUGUUUUUGAUUAGACUAUUGAAUGAGAUAUUUGCUUUUGUUUAAACCAUUCAAUUUUGCUAAGUUAUAUUUUAUUGUUUUCGCAGGUUCCCAAAGCUGAUAGUUAAAAUUAAUCUUUAUAAUAAAACAAAACUUAAGCAGACACAACUUUAUUUAUCUUCAAAUAUGCACACCAAGAUCAUUGUCUAAGCAGUUACAUUCUGCGAUAUCUUCUUCUGAACUUGCCGAUACUUCUGGCAGGGUUGCUCCAUCAUCAAGGAUGUUUGAAUACCAGUUUCUAGCAGAAAAACUUUCACAUUCUCUCCAUGUUUCACAUAUGACCAUGUACUAAAACAUAAAAACGUUUCCCUUUUUUUUCUUUGAGGAUCUUUAUUCGCUUUAAGUUGCUAAUAUUGUCUAAAUUACGAUAUAUUGCGGAAAGUACCACAAAUUCGAAUAUUUUUUUCAAGAAAGUCUAAUAAGGCUGAAGAUAUUUCAAGUGAUCCCCUACCAGCCUGAUCUUCUGUCCAUGUAUAAAAAAAUGGUUCUUUGGAGGAUUGGUCAACAACACAGAAACAGUAAAAACUAAUUUGACGAGAAUAAAACGCUUGCUGGAUCGGUGUCUUUGGUAAGGGCUGUACUUGUUGCAAAAUAAAAGCUGCAAUUUAUUUUUGUUUGCAACAUCUUUUUCACUUUUUAUUAAUUUAUUUGCAGUGAUAGCCUCGUGCAGUAUGUACAAACAUCGCAAGCAGGCGAUUUAAAACCAAUGUUAAAUUGUGAAAAAAUUCUCUGAAACAUUGUCCUAGACACCUGAAAUUCAGGAGCAAUAGAUGCGUUAUAGAUUGCACGCAACUUAUUUUGCGUCAGUUCACUAUGCAAAUAAAUUCGUACAGACGUUUUUCUAUUAUAAUGUGAUUCGCUACCUUUUAAAUUUCCUAUGUACUCUUGCGCUUUUUCCUUUUUUUUUAAUGAUUUAUGGUCAACACGAUCACCUCCUCUCCUUUCUGCAAUGCACUCUCCAGAUUUCAUUAAUUUGCAAAGGUUAUUUAAUCUAUUAUUUUUUAAACAAGUCAAAUGCAUAAAUAAUUUUUUACACACAGUAACACUUUUUCCUGUCUGCGUUGGCACACAAUAUUUAACGUUAAACGAGUGAGGUUUAACUCGACAAUUUUUUUGAUGUCUAUGUUUCUUUUUAAUAUCUGAGACACUUAUCCAAUUCGCAACUUUGUUAUCUUGAGCAACUUUACUCCCACACGAUUGCAACUUUCCACGAAUUACCAAGGCCAAUCACCAGGACGAACUUUACUGCAUGAAAAGCGUGCUGAAUUAUGAGUACAUCCCACAAAAACCUUGGAGGUCUACAAAUCCGCGCUUUUUUUGCUUGUUCUCGCUUAGAUUCUUUCUUUUGCUUCUUUCUGCUACCUUUUGCUGCUUCCCUUACUGUCACUGAAGCCUCGUCAAUCUCCUCCAUGCCAAAAAACUUAACACUCACACUUUUAUUUACUUAAAUAGGUACUUUAGAAAAACGUACUGACUACUGUUUCAAAACAAAAACACGUGAAAAAUAAAAACAUCAAACGAACCUCUAGCCCCAAAGCGCGUAAAUCAAACUUCCGUCACCUGAUCAAUUUUACCGGAUUCUGAUUGGCUGGUAACAUAUGUUUGCUUUUGAUCGGGCGCUACUUGAGCAUUUGUUCGUUUUUGCUCAGGCCAGCAAUGUUUAACAUAUGAAAUGGUCCGGAUUUAUUUGCUUUUGGUUAGGUUACUUUGAAGUUUUGUGCAUGUGGCUACCAUUACUAAGCGAUCCAAUAUUUAACUCAUUUUUUUAAAUUUGAUCAUAUGUUUGCUUUUGCUUGGGCGCUCCUCAUAUGAAGGUAAUAAUGUAACGUUUAUUACUAUAAACAUACGAAAAAUACAAGAAUGACAAAUUACAAUAAUUGUAUAUUCUCAUAAUAAUGUUUCACAUUAUUUUGCAAACUGUGUUCUAUUUCUACUUCACUACUAUUUGAAUAUGACGGAAAUGUUACUCCACCAGGGCAUGGUGUAGGGGUCGGUACGUACUGAUUUUGAGACGUUGAUGAGCUUGCAGAUGAAAAACUUCUUAAGUUGCAAGAGUUUUGGCAUAUAUCUGUAUUUUCAGAUAAUUGAUUUUUUAAUCCUUUUAAUAGUGCAGAAUUUAUUAUGGACUCUGCAUAUAGUAAUUGAUCAGGUUGCAUUCUUUGUAAUUUUUUGGCAAUAUUACAACCUAUGGCGUCAAAUUCACUCAUAUUUUUUUGGGACGUCAAUGCCGUUGUGCAGACUUUCAUAAAUUCAUGCUGGGUCUCCUCAAUUGUUCUUUUAUUUAUUGGUUUUUUAAUAACAAGUUUCUAACGAAAUUGCCUUCAUUUUCUUCUUCCUAAAAAGAAUAAAAUAUAUCUUAAAACCUUAUGCUCAAAGAGAAUUAGACGAGAAAAAACGAAUUUUUAACUACAGAUUGUCGCGCGCCAGAAAUGUAGUGGAAAAUCCAUUUGAAAUAAUUGCUUCUAGAUUUUAGAUAUUCCAUAGGCCUAUUACUAUGAAACAUGAAAAUAUUUGUUAUGUUGUUCUGGCCAUUUGUGCCUUGCAUAAUUUUCUUCGUAAUCGCUCCACUUCUUAUGUUAGUGCAACAACUUUUGAUAGGGAAGACACAUCACAUAAUUUGUUAAAAGAUGGUGACUAGCGAAAUAAUUCAGUUAAUAUUACAAAUAUGCAAGUAGAUCUACAAAUCCAACAUCUGCAUCAAAAGAAAACAGGGACAAUUUUAAAUCGUAUUUUAACAGCGCCCAAUUCCUUGGCAAGAAGAAAUGAUUAAGUUGGGAAAAUGUUAGUAUACAAUAAAAUAUGUUUGUUUGGAAAUAAAUAAUACUUACAUCGUUUUUCUGUUGAUUAUUAUUAGGCUGUGACGUAGUAAAUACGUUAAUAUUAGAUUCUUCACCAUAUUCAGAUUCUAUCAGAUCUUCGAUACCAUAGCACUGGUGUAUAUAAAUCAUCUUGCGACAUUCCAGACUUUUUGCUAUCCUUCACUUUUUUUAACUCUUUUCUAAACGGGGAUCGUUUUAGACUUCGUUAUUAGACUCUUAGAAUUUUUUUAACAACAAAAUCUUUGUUGGCCUUCGGAAACACAGCUUCUUUACAGAAUUUAACGAGUUUAUCAUAGGCGACAUUUUUAAGAUUUCGGUUACUGUAUUCCUUGCUUUUUAUUUGCCAAAGGCUUGGAUAUUCUCGGUAAAUAUUAAUAAAAUCUGUAACAGCUUCUUUGCUCCAAGAACGACCAUUCCGACAUAACGCGCUCCCAAAAGAAACAGUUCAACUGGAACAAAUAUGUAUUGUCACACUGGGGGUUGGCCCGGUCUAGGACAAGGCCGUUUGACGGUUACAAGUAUGUAACUGGGACUUUAAGGUACGCUUUAGCAUUGAAACAAAAUAUAUAGUUCACUAAAUACCUUGUAUUAACAGCAAAAUAUAAUUAUAACGAUUUAAGUGCAGUUACCCAAAUAAAAGAGCUAAUUUGACAAGAGAUAAACUAAGAUCGACAUAAUAGGAUUAAUAAUUUAAGUACAUAGGAAUGUGUAGAGAAUUCUAUAAUUAAAAUGAAAGUAAUGUUACGUAACUUAAUAAAGUGACAAUAAUUGUGAUCUUCUUCGAUAUGAUAAAAUGUUGUACUUACAUUAUUAUUAUUCUUGGAGCAAACAUUUCACAAAGCUUUUCCGCACUGCUUUCGGUUACCUCCUCUUGCCCGAGACCCGGUCGUAACUACCUCCAAGUUUCGUUCGUCGUACCCUAGUGUUCAUUUUCUUUGUCAGCAGAAUUUCGGGUUUUUUCCAAACCAUCGUUCUGUCGACAAGGUACUUUUGCAAUCUUUUUACGAUGGAAAUGACUUGGACGAUGGAAAGCUGGCCUCCAGCUUUAUUGUUAACAAUCGAAAUCAUGAUCGAAGAAGACCCAGAAGAAAAAAAGAUAAAUUUACAAUUAGUAAGAUCAGAACAACAAUGUACCUAAAUAACAUAUAAUUAAUUAGAACUGAACCCUAAUUAUUCAUUAAAUUUUAACUACAAUUAAAGUAACUAUCGCUUUUGAUGUCCACAUUUUUUAAGUCUUUUACCACAAAAUACAAAUAUAACUUCACUACGUAGUAUCUGAACACAAAAUGUCUUCAGCAUCCGGAUCCGGUCCAUAAGGUGGCGACGCGGCGGCGUUCAUAGCGUUGUCGCCUGCCCCUCGUCUGGAACGCCUACAGGUUUGACGCCUCCAUGUGUCGUCCUAGGACACUUUCACCCAUGUAUGUCUGACUCCUCGUCUGGAACGCCUACGGGUUUGACGCCUCCAUUCGUCCGUUGGCAACCCUUACGACAUCACGUGACACCCCCUUGUAUGCCUGACUUCUCCCUUGUUUUGUACCAGUCCUUCAACGCCGUCGGUUUCCUGGAGCCUGUAGGCAGAGACUCCUUCAUUGCAGCUGCUGUGGUGUGACAAAACUUUUUGGUUUUUGUUUUGUACCUUCUUGACCAUUUCCAGUGAGCUCUCCCAUAAGCUUACUGUGUUUUACGGAUGGCCCCUGCCGUAUCUUCAGCUGAAUCCAUGAUUCGUAAUGUUGGCAUCCCCUACUAGAGAUCAUAGGUUGAACACUUCAACCCGCUGCUGGUAGCGUCGUGAGUUCGGGCAAAUUUGGACUUUGACCAUUGGCGCAGUGGUAACUUGGCAUAUCCUGUGAUGGCCCUAGCUCUGGCAUCACCCUGUCUGCGAUUGGGAUGGUCAGGACUGACAAGGCAGUGCGCGGAUGUAAGGUGUUCCUGUUUGGCUCUGGUUCUGGUUCCAUCGGCUACUGCGUGUGGUUCUGGUAGGAGCGUACCAUUAUUUUCUAUUCAGGUCGAAUUUGUACGUGUGGUAUCUCAUGGUAUGUUUACAUGUAAAGAAAGAACAAAGUGUAAGUAUGUGCUAUUAUAUGGUGCUUAAUGGUUUUAUAUUUAAUCAUUUUGAUUUUAAGUUAAAUCUUUAUAUUAUAUCUUGAGAAAUUGUUGACUUACUCGCAAUUUUUGUAUUAUAUAUUUUAGGAUAAUUUAACUCAUAAUCAAAUUUUAUUUAUUUUCCUUUGUCUCAGAUCUUUUGAAGUUUCUUGUAUUUCGAGUUUAGAUAACAAAGUGUUUUAUUUACAGAAAACCCAAAAAAAAAAUAUUUUUUAUUUAUUAAUUGUUUAUCCCCGCUCUUCUAAAUAACUUUUAUUUAUGUAUGUCUUUUUAACUUUUAUAGAUUAUUAAUUAGACCCUUUCUUUUACAUUAUUUUUAAUAAUAUGUUUCCUUUUUAGCUUCUACUUAAAUAUUUAUGUGUCUUAGGCUCUAUCUUAGGCUGUCCCUCGCCUACCGGCGAUAUAUUUAUAAUAUUUCCCCAUUAUCAUCUCAUUUCAAUAAAUUUCAUUUCGAAUAUGUAUAUACGCGCGUAAAUCAAAAUUAUUUAUACGUUUUCUGAUGUGAUUUGCAAAUUACUAUGAUAUUUAUCCUUAAAUUGUUUAAAUUGUCAUGACUACAAUUAAGGCUUAAAUAACAUGGUGAACUGUAUCAUCUUCAGAAGGGCCCCAGUAUAUACCAACUAUAUGUAAGCUUACGUAAAAUAAUAAGUAAUCAUUCUAUUUCAAUGCGUUCUAUACUAGCAUCUACUUUUUUACCAGGGGACAGUGAUAAAAGGCUAGCACUAUUUUUUAUAUCUAGCCGGAACCUUGACAUGGCGUUUGGUUCGACGCUCGGUUCGGGGUGAUUGUCUGGGUCGGGGAUUGAGUAUAAUAUUGCUUCGUCAAAUGUUUUUGCACUUCUAAUGGACAUGGGAUUUUGGGUUGUAACUGAAUUUUUUGGUUUGUUUUUGAAGUAUCUGAGCGUUAUAUAUAAGUAAAUAAGAAUAGAAGGAAAAGUAAACAUGAAGUGUAAAUUAUUAUAUAGAGAGCCUCGUGAUUAACACUUGUUGAGGGGCUUUUUUCAUGACAGUCUAUUUCUCUACGUAUUUGUGGAACUGCCGCUACUAUUGCUAUUCUAUUUUGUUUAAUUAGGAUGUACUCUACCAAGAUUGAAAUAGUUUUGUUCUAAAUUAGAAAAAAUUAGUCCCCGUAAAAGCUAUGUGUAUCACCAUAAGUGAUUACAUUUGGAUAGUUUUUCUCUACUGAUUUUAGAAUAUUCUUUAAGAUGUUAUCGCUGGAUGUGAGGUUAAGAUGGGGUAUCUCUAGUGUCCAAUUUGUAUUUAGGCAUUCAGAAAUGUUUUUGUAGAGUGGUGGGGUACUAAUAAUGUUGGGAUUGAGGAUAUAGGAAUUUAAAUUUGACCAGGUUGCAGGUAUUAUGUGGGUUGCUAUUGCAUUGGUAGUGAAGUUUUCUGGACACGGGAAAUUUUCAGGUAUAAUAAUUGCAUUGCCUACGCUGAGGUGGCAUUUACAUGGGAGGAUAAUUUUGAUGGAGCCUUGACGUACUAAUAUCGUGUCUAAUUUCUGAGGGUUACUUUUAUCAUAAUAGAUGGUCAUUUAAUUUCUGAUAUUGUCAUCGAUGUUGCUGAGUGGCAGUCCAUUGGGCAGUAUUGGCUUAGUUCUUUUACUGUUGCCCCUUGAUAUAGGAUUUUCGCACAUUCAGGCCCUUGUAGGAUGUCUGCUGAGAAUCUGGGUAAAUAGCAUAAUUUAUUUUGGUAUGGCUUACAUGCAUGAUGGCCUGUCCCCGAUAUUUGUCUUAAGUCGCUCUCGUUAUUUCCGUUUUUGGACACUGCAAUGUAUAGCGGUUGGUGGCGUAUAAUACAGGUCUGGUUAUACCAAACAAAGGGUGUGGUUAUUAACUCUAGUAGUUGCCAAUUUCUAUUUUUCUUAAUUAUUGGAAUUUUUAUGUGAACAUAUAUACUUGAUUUUGUAAAGGAACGGUCACAUAUGGGCAUUUCGAAGUAUGCUGCUAGUUCAGAUGUAGGGAUGGCCAGUCCUUGUUCUGAAUUUGCGAUUUUUGACUCGAAAUCCUCCAGAUCCCUUUUUAGGACUUGCGGGUUGACAAUUUCUGCUGGUAUUUUAUGGUGUCUACAUGAAUUUAUGAUAGCUUGUCUUCUGAGAGCCCUUACUAGUAAUACCAUCCUUUUUAGGUUUAGAUAUCCGUUAUAGAGGUUUGUCAUUAUUAGUCAUUCCUGUUCGUUUGUCGUGUUUGCCACCUUAUCUUCCAGUUGUUUAGUGAACCUCUCUAUGCUGUUUAUCCUUAGCUCCGUGUCCGAGAACGUUGCUGCGACUAAUUUCUCAUAGUCUUAAGUGUUUGGAGUUUUCGCUCAUUUGUUUUACGGUAUCGGACAGAUCUCGUCAUCUGAGUUUUCGACCAUAUUUAGUUUUUGCAAUGUUGCCACUCCGCAACACCAUGAUAAUCCUGAGCCUAUAAAGUCUAGAGACCUCUUCGCUCUCUUAGAAUAUUCGUUGUUUCUUAGUGGUGCUAUGCCCUAGUGUUCUUUAAGUAAAGUUAAUUCUUUGAAGAAUGCUUUAUUUAGUCCAUUUAUACUAUUUAUUACAAAGCAUUCGUUCGUUUGCAAUUGGCUGCAUUUGAGAUUUCCUACAUCCAUCGUGUGGUCAUCGGUAUCCUCGGUCCAUUCCGUUUCAAUGGUACUGUAGCUUCAUAGAUUCUUGUCGCUGGGAGUGGUUUCCAAUAAGCUCCCGCGCUUACCUCAACUCUGUAAUCUUGUUCUUCCUUCAUGUUCUGCGCCUGAUUUAGCAUCAUAGUGAUUAACCUAAUAAUAGCAUUAAAAUAUAUUUUUUUAAAUAAUAAUAAUGGGUUGCAAUAUUAGUAAAGAAACGGUGCAAUCCAAAAUUAAUCGAACAGAGCAAUAUAUCAUAAAAUUAUUCGAAAAUUAACGAAACUUUAUCGCCA